AUGGCAAGAGAGGGUGAGAAAGCGUACAAGUACGAAAAUACGCCACAUGAGGGCCAAUCAAAAGACAUAAAAGCCAGCUUAGCGAUCUCCAAUAAGGAAUUAGGCAGAGGAGAAGAAAAAGAAAAGCAAGAGCCAAAGGAGGUGGAGGUGGAAGAGGAAGAGCCAAAUGAGGAAGAGCCAAAGGAGGAGGAGGAGGAAGAGGAAGAGCAAGACUCUUUGUUACGUCUUGCUCAACAAGCACAGCACAGAAAAUUAAGCCAACGCGAUAACGAAAGUUUAGUCGAGUUCUUUGAUCCUGAUAAUAACCAGGAUAAUGAGGACUUGUUUAUCGAAGAAGAAAAUAUGCAUGAUGAGGGUAAUGAAGAAGAUCACGACGAUGGGGAAUUGGAUUUGUUGGGCGCAGAGCAUUUUUUGAGACGGUUGAUGAAUGAUAGAGCUACAGACUCAAAUAGCACUAUUAACGAUUCACAAGAACAUUCUCAUUUUGAAAAUACCGCUACAUCGGCACCAAGGCUGGCGCGUGCAAGUAAUAAUAUUGAUGCUGCUACUACUACUACUACUACUACCGCCGCCGCCAGCAGCAGCAGCAAUGGCGAUGAUAUAGACACUGAUACCGACGCAGAUCCUCGAGCUGAAUUCCUCAGAGCUAUUGGUGCAUUGUCUGGAAACAAUGCAUCUUCCGCUAAUACCGCUGGCCCUAUGCCUUCAAGCUUCAUCGCAGUCAUGCAACGAUUAAUGGGCGAUGGCGCUGUGUUUGGAGGCAACACUUCUGAACACAAUGAAAUUGAAACAUUGAUCAACAAUUUAGAACAGCGAGAAGAUACAUACAUUGUACUAGAGUCGUUGAAUCAGCUUUCAGAGAGAUUACUAAUGAUGAAUGGUCUUACUGCGGAAAGGCUAAUACCAGCAAACAAGCUCGCAAAGUGUCUAGUCAAUAUAAUGGAAGACCCUAGGUUGGAAGAAGAAUUGGAGCUACACCUCGUUGCAUGCCGCUGUCUUUAUAACUUUUUGGAAGUUAACCAGGAUUUCAUCCAUGAUGCAUUAAAUAAUAAUGCUAUUCCUGCAUUGUGUAAUAAGUUGUUGGAAAUCAAAUACAUUGAUUUGACAGAACAAGCAUUACAAACCCUUGAGAUGAUUUCAAGGGACCCAAUUUCACAUAAUAGCAUAAUUUCAAACAAUGGCUUGAUUGCAUGUUUACAGUAUUUGGAUUUUUUAACCGUUCAUGCUCAAAGGAAAUGUUUGAGUAUUGUUUCUAAUUCUUGCUCAAAUAUUGUAAUUGCAAACUUUCCCAAAGUGAAAGAAGCUUUUAAUAGUAUAACGGACGUUGUUAGAAGUCAUGAUGAUCAAAAUGUAGUGGAAAAUGCCUGGAUAACUAUAUCGAGAAUAAUUAUUUGCUUUAAAAAUAAGCCCGAGUAUUUAAAUGAGUUGUUCCUGGGACAAGAAUUAUUGUUGAAGGAACUCACGAGUGUAGUUCUUGUUAGCUGCAAUAAAUCACUGAAUACGAGUGCAGAAUCUAACAAAAUAGCCCUUUCUUAUGGCUCAUGCUUGAGUUUGAUAAAGGCUUUGAUAAUUCUUGUUAGUGUUAGUGUGGAGGUAUCAAAGAUUCUAUUAAGUGAUUGCGAUAUUGGUCUGAUAAUCGUUAAAUCACUAAACAAGUUUGAAAAGAAAAAAGUUGAACUGAGAGAGGAGGAGAAAAAGGAGGAGGAGAAGGAACCCCAAAAUUGUGUUUCUGUUGAAGCCCUUAUGGCAGCACCAAAGGAAAUGAUAUCGCAAUUUUUGACUUUAAUUGGAUAUAUUCUCCCUAUUCAUUACGAACCUUCGGAAGCACUUUUUCUAAAACCAAAUUGCGAAGAGUCUGAAGAGAGGAAAGUCAUCAAUCAGAAUAGAAGAGAAAUGUGCUUAAAUGUCAUUCCUCAGGAGUAUAUGAGAUUUGUUAGUGAAGUUUGGCCAUUAAUUAUCUUGAGUUUUCAAAGUACUAUGGAUUUUGAAGUUAGAAGAAAAGGGUUUAUUGAUUUGUACAGAAUAUGCAACUCUCUUUCAGGAAACGAUUUAGUUUCUGUUGAUAAAAUGGAUAUGAUUGCAGGAUUGUUAGCAUCUGUGGUUAAUCAGUAUAAAUCAGUUGUAUUGGCUGAAAUGAAAACGAGGAAAGUUCCUAAAAUGGAUAAUGAUGUGGAUAUGAUGUCCGGGGAAGAUGAAGAAGAAGAAGAAGAAGAAGAAGAAGAAGAAGAAGGAGAAGGAGAAGGAGAAGGAGAAGUGGAAGGUAAUGAGGACACGCUCCCUACUUUCGAAGAAUGUGUUGACAACGAGAAUAGUGAUGAGGAAAUGGACGAACAAAGCGAGAGCAAUGAGCAAGAUGAAAGUGAUGAACACGAGGAUCAGGAUGAAAGCGAUGAGAAUGAAGAUGAAGAUGAAGAUGAAGAUGAAGAUGAAGAUGACGAGUUUUAUGACGAAGAAGAAGAAGAAGGAGAGGAAAUUGAAAGUGUGAACUUGACAUCGGUGCGAAGUGUUUCUGACGAUAUUCGCAAACUUAAUGCCACGCUACUGAUUUGUAGUGCUUUGGAAAUCAUGAGGGUUUUAUGCAUCAAAGCGCCAUCUAUCUGUGUGCCUCGGUUUGAGAAAGAAGGACUAAUGAAUGAUGUUGGAUCAGUUUUGUCCGAUUUUAAACCUUGGAAGAAUGUGGUUUAUCCAACAGCACCAAGGAGUACUAUGAUUGGGUCCUUUGGGAACAAAUUCAUUGACAUGGAGUUUUCUAAAGAAUACGAAUACAGUUUGUUUGUAAAUAGGAUGUACCCAAGAAUAGAAAAAGCUGCAGUUGGCAUCAUGAAGACAUACAAGGACAUCAAAAUGUUGGAAACUGGUGACUCAUCCGAACACAUUCAAAUUUUACAAGAGCUCAAACUGAUAUUAUCUGAUUCCAAAGCGCACAAAAGUUUUGGUUAUGAAGAGUGGCUGCAAAUAUGGAGCAAACUUCAGUUUGCUCUAAAUGGGGCUUCAAAUAAUUCGGACAUUUCGAGCUUCGAAUUGAUAUCAUCAGGCCUUAUUGAUCUGUUGACUAAUUUGUUUACCUUGGGCGAUUCCGAGUAUUUGUUUGACACUAACAUUUGCUACAAAACUUUUAUUCAAACAUUUUUUUCAAAUGGUUGUCAAGAUGCAAAAUGUUUAGUUCGCAAAUUACUUGAAGCAUUGACAAGAGCCGAGUCGUUUGAUCUUGUAUCUGUGGGGAACAUGAAUGGUCACUCAUCAUUGUACUCUCGAGAGCAAAAUCAAGCAUCUGUGAUGGCAAAUCAAAUCAAAUUGAAAUUGAAACCCGAGGGUGAUAUGGGUGAUCUCAAGAUCCCUAGUAACGUGCAAAAUAUGGUUUUGUCAGUGCAUGCAAUAGCAACUUUCAAGUCCGUUCUUGCGUUUUUGAAACAGAGAUUUAGAUAUAUGGAAGAAAUUAGUAACAUAGUCAAAAGGGAUAAUAAUAGCAACAAUAGUAACAAUAACAGUAAUAAUAAUAACACUUUUGAAGAUGGUACAGGUACUGCUGACAAAAAGACAGAUUAUAGUUUGGAAUUUUUGAUUGAUGGAGAAGUGAUCCCCAUUGAGACUACGAUAUACGGUGCCAUUCAUAGAGCUAUUCAGGAGAGUUCUGAUCCGAACCGUCAGCACGAAUCGAACAAAAUCUGGUCAAAUAUCCACACAAUAACGUUUAGAAAAGUUAGUGCUGAAGUUAACCACGAGGGUAUGUUUAACAAUUACAAUUUCAACUUUGAUGAGCAUGAACUUGAUUCAUAUGAUAAAACAACCAUAAGCAUUCUUGAAUUGUUAAAUGCAUUAUUCAAGAUGAACGCACACGUAAGUAGCAACGGAUGGCCAGGGAUUCCGGCCAAAGACUUUACGAAUUGGAAAUUGACUGUUAAGUUGAACAGACAAUUGGAGGAGCCUUUGGUUAUUGCUAGUGGUACUUUACCUGGAUGGAGUAUACACUUGGUGAAGCAGUUUCCCUUUAUAUUUCCAUUGGAAACCAGGAUAUUUUUUCUCCAGUGCACUUCCUUUGGAUAUUCACGUUUAAUCCAUCAAUGGCAAUUGCGAACUAAUCACAGCAUUGAAGAAAAUGGGAAUGGCGGGAACCAUAAUAAUGCCUCUGGACUACAUAGUCAGCGACAGCAAUUGGGCAGACCAACUAGGCAUAAGGUGAGAAUAUCCAGAAAGAUGAUGCUACAAAGUGCAGUCAAAGUUUUGGGACUUUAUGGCUCAACGCCUGGAAUACUUGAGAUUGAAUAUUUUGACGAGGUUGGUUCUGGCUUGGGACCCACUUUAGAGUUUUACUCUACUGUUUCAAGGGAGUUUGCGCGUAGGAAGUUGAAGUUGUGGAGAGAUUACAAUUUGAGCAUUAGUGAGGACGAAAAGGAGGAUGAAGAGAAGGAGGCGGAGAAGGAUGAUUUCAUUAGAAAUAAUAACGGGUUGUUUCCUGCUCCCAUGGAUAAGCAGCAGCUUCUGAGCGAGAAUGGGAAAAAGAUACUAUACUUUUUUUCAUCAUUGGGUAAAUUUAUUGCAAGAGCCUUAUUAGACUCAAGGAUUAUUGACUUUAACUUUAAUCUUGUAUUUUUGAAGCUAGUACAGCUUUUGAACCACCGAAAUCCUCAAGCACAUAUCAAUCACAAAUUGGUGAAAAAAAUUGCAUCAAUAACGAAUUUACGGUUGGUUGACCCUGAGUUAGUCAAGUCUCUUGUUCAUCUUGGUAAAUACUUGAAUGCGUUUGAAACGGUUCCCUUUAGUGAGAGAGAUCUUGUUGAAAUUGAUGGAGUUUGUCUUAAAGAUUUGGAAUUGUACUUUGUUUUGCCUGGUUAUCCAAAAUACGAGUUGAUACCUAAUGGAAAUGAAGUUUUGAUUGAUGCUUCAAAUUUGGAGCUGUACAUAAGCAAAGUGCUUGAAGCAACCUUGUUUACUGGUGUUAUUGCCCAAACAAAAGCAUUUAUGGAAGGUUUUUCAAAAGUGUUUCCUAUUAAUUCACUUGUGAUUUUUUCGGCCAAUGAAUUGAUUGAACUAUUUGGCAAUUGCGAAGAAGAUUGGUCUUAUGACGCAUUGUCCUCAGCCAUUGUGGCUAAUCAUGGAUAUACCAAAGAAUCUGAGGGGAUCAAAUCUUUGAUAAAUAUAUUGAUCAAUUUUGAUAAAGAUGAAAAGAGACAAUUUUUACAGUUUUUAACAGGACUGCCUAAAUUACCCAUUGGUGGAUUUAAGGCAUUAAAGCCAGAGUUGACUGUUGUUCGAAAGCGUCCGGAGGAUGGAUUGAAGGAUGAUGACUACUUGCCCAGUGUAAUGACGUGUGCUAAUUAUUUGAAACUCCCAAACUAUUCCAGCAAAGAGAUUAUGAAGACAAAGUUGUUACAAGCAAUCAAAGAUGGAGCAGGAGCAUUCCUAUUGUCAUGA